AUGUCAACUCCACCACCACCACCAAGACGUAUGAUUCCUACUUCACAUUCCCCCACACCCUCAACCGAUCACUCAUGGUCAUCCCGCUUCAAAGCAACAAGUAAAGUAUGGGGAAAGAAAGCUUUAGACAAGACGGUGGUUAUCUCUGAUAAAGUUGGAGGAAAGGUGAACGAUAUUGCCGAAAAGAGGUUCGGCACUGAACAUUUUUGGCCAGUGACGGGUGAUUUUCCUAGACUUAUGGAUCAGGCGGCUAGGAUAUUGAGGGCCUUUACAGUCGAAGGUGUGGCAACCGUGAAGGAAACUACACAAGCCGACGAAAAAGGUAAAAAGACUAAACGCAAGGUCAAAGUAUUACGCAAAAUACCUCCUAGUGUCAUUGCCAACGCUCGGGGAUUGGCCAUCUUUACGAGUAUGCGUACGGGUAUAGCGCCUUUCGGAGGCGCAGGAGGUGCGGGUGUAGUGAUUGGAAAGUUGCCUGAUGGAUCAUGGUCCGCGCCGGCUUCCAUUUCACCUAACAAUUUAUCUGCGGGGUUCCUGCUCGGCGUCGACGUAUAUGACUGUAUCCUCGUCAUUCGAACUCAAAAAGCUUUAGACUCCUUUGCCACCCAUAAAGCCACUCUUGGAGCUGAGAUCGGCGUCGCCGCCGGACCUUACGGUGCAGGUGCAGCUGUGGAAGCUGGCAAGGAGACAGCACCGGUCUUCAGCUAUGUCCGUAGUAGAGGAAUGUACGCUGGAGUGGAGGUAGUGGGACAGGUCUUCGUGGAGAGAUUUGAAGAGAAUGCUACUAUGUAUCACUGGCCUGGGGUCAAGGCGGGUGAUAUCCUCGCUGGCAAGGUCAAAGUCCCUCGAGAAGCCGAGUCCCUCAUGCACGCUCUCCACGAUGCCGAAACCGGUGUCGCUCAAGCUCAACAAGGCGACGCACUCGACGUUGUCAUCAUCGACGAUCCCGACGCUGUGGAAUUAUCAGAUGGUGAAGUCCUCAAACUUCCUCCGACACCCGAAAUGACGGAUGGACACGAACAUGAGUCCGAUCCGGAAACAGAACGUGUGAGAUAUCCAUCUUUGAGAGGUUCA